AUGUAUGAAAACACUCUCUGGGACCAAGGAAUUGGGUAUAUUGGAUGGCUCAUGUACCUAUCAAAGUUCUAUGAGGUAGUUGAUACCUUAAUCAUCCUUGCUAAGGGAAAGGAGAGUUCGACUUUACAAACUUAUCACCAUGCCGGAGUUAUGAUUUGCGCAUGGUCUGGGAUCAGAUAUAAGUGCCCAGCUGCGAUAGUUGGUGUGUUUCUCAACUCCGGUGUACACACUCUGAUGUACACGUACUUCGCUCUGGCCGCGGCUGCCAUACCAGUCGCUAUUCGUGUCAAACGUGCUCUCACGUCUAUUCAGAUCAUUCAGUUUAUACUUGGUCUUGGGCUCUCCUGUAGCUAUCUCUUUGCUGCGUACGAUGUUGUGUUGUCUGAGCAUAAUGAUAUCGAGAACAGCAGACCAGCAGGUUUCUCCUCUCAAAUGGAAAAUGUCCAGUUCACAACCAAAACACCCGCGACACUAACUACAAAUGUUGGGUCGCAAGGAAUGGCCACUUAUACUACAACGCACUGCAUACCUGACAGCGGAAAGGCUUUUGCUAUCCUGCUCUCUUCUGCCUACCUAUUACCCCUUACAUAUCUGUUCGGCCGGUUUUUCGUUCGGACAUAUUUGACACAGCACAAGAAAGCAACAUAA